UGAUGACCAUCCUAGUUACCUGCUGGAGCCAGUAAUACCGCAAUAUUCUAUAAUGUUUCUCUGGUAACACUGUAGUCUUCUCACAUAAUUUUACACAAAAAGCAGAAUGUUACAGAACCCCAGGUAUGAAGCAAGAGACAGAAAUAACAGUCAAAAGACAAAAAAAAACAAAAAACAGCCAUUUGACUAAAGAGAGAAAUCUUAGAUCCCAGCUGUUGACAGGGAGGGUGAGGAGUUGCCUCCUGGAGGUGUAGACAGGGUGUAUAUCUGUGGAAAUUAUAAAGAGCACAACUUCGUCAUAUGACUCACUCAGGAUCUGGAUCUGACAUAGAACCUUACAGCUGAUCAGAGGAGGGAACGGCAGCAGCAAUGGCUUCUUCUCAGAGUACAGAACUUGAGGAAAUUAUAAGCUCGAAGUCAUCUUUGGGAUAUUUCAAGCAAAAGGAAUUAUUAUCCGUAGAAGAGAUCUAUAAGUGUCUGCAGAAGAAAAGCAUUAAUAAGACUGGAAAAAAUAUGAAAUCCAACAUUGAGCAAAUCCGCUCAGAUAUCUUCCUUCAUCUUCCAGUAGAGUUCUCCAUCACUGGUCUUCAUCACUGCACCACCCUGGACUCCACCAAGAUGAUUCUGGAAUCACAAUCCUUUACAGGAACAACUCAGGGAAGAUUAAAAUUUACAAGCCUUUCCUUCUGGGCGGUGGAUGUUUCUUCCCGUGACAUAGAGAAGGCUCGAAAAGAAGCUUACACUCACGUCCAAAAAAUUGUUCGGAAAUGUGAGGCAGAAGAAUACCAAAGAGAAUUAAUGCAACAAUUCGCCAACUCUCCAGCAUUUAAUAAAUUGGCCUCUCGAUAUGGGAACUUCAAGUUCUCCUUUCAGUUCUCUGACCUCCUUUCUCUAUAUGAGGCUCAGUUUUGUGAAGGUAAAAAGCCACAGCUCAGUAUUCUAGGCAUGCACAUCUACAAGCAGGAGAUCGUUCAUUAUGUGGUCGUGCACUGUCCUGAUAACAGCCGAUUUAAAGACCACCCAAGAGUUCCAAGGCUCGAAGUUAGAUGUGAUCCUCUACCAAAUGUCUUUUUACUGGGUGACACCUUGUACUGGAGACCUGAAUCCACUUCAGAAAGUCUGGAGGUAUUGAGUAAGAAAGGUGAAAUUAUAGGAAGUCCACUCCAACCAACUUGUAACCUGUAUGAGAAAAGCGGGCACUGUAAUGAUAAAGUCAAAUGUGUGUGGAACCAACUGGUGAUUGCUUUCAAUGUUCCUUGGGAUAAUCAAUUUAAAAUCCCAGUGGAUACACUAAUUAAUAACCUAACCGCCUGUGGAGAUCUUCAGCCAUUUAUGAACAAAUCAAAAAUGAAAAAAACUGAUGCAGAAAAAAGGAUAGAAAAGUUGAAGAAAAAGUAUCCAGCAAAAAGCCAAGAACUCCAUCCAAAAGUAGAUUCCAGUCAUGGAGAGCAGUUUGGCAGACGCACUGACCGGACGCCUCUUAGAGAGAUAAAUACAAAUGUCAGGGUCAAGGGAGAAGAACGAAGAAGAGCAGCCGAACCAAAUGAAAAGCUACAUGACUGCAGAGCCCCCACCAAGGAAAAUGAAGAGGUUACCGCCAAUGAGAUAAAUAAAUCCACGUUACAAAGUGAACAGUUCUUUCAGUCCAUGUUGGACUGUCAAAAACAGCUGAUAACAUCUAUUGAAAAUCUCGGAAAAAAUCUCUCAGAAGGUUUCCACAGUCUUUGCCAGGAACUAAGAAAUGUGACCGAUGCAAUUACUUCUUUCCAGAUGGACAUAUCAAGACGAGAACAUCGUCCUCUAUCAUCUAUAGAAACAAAGGCUGGACGAAAGACAUUUACCUUGAGUCCAUCUUCAUCAUUGCGAUCGGAUGAUCUUACAACCACUUCAAGGGUUGUGGAUGGUCCUGAAGAGGACGGUUCUCAGUGUUAUGGGGAGCAGAAGUCCUUAUUGAACGAAGAUAGUUUAGAGGCUCAAAUGGAUGGUGGGAAACCUGCAGAAGAAGAGGUCGGAGAGCAGCCGUCCACACAUGUCAGGGUGAAGCAGGAGAGGAACGGAGGCUCAGUAACUGGAAAGCAUGCUGCUGAAAGAGGAGACCCUCAAGAUAUUGGAGAAAGCAUGAAACAAUAUGGUCCACCAUUAAAGAAAAAGAAAUAAAGAUGUAGCAGGGUGAACACACAAACUCUUAUCUCAAAUUUCUUAAUCGCGUUAUCUUGAAAAAAAAGCCAUUGAAAAGAAAAGAAAAUGAAGGUGU